CCUCUCUCUUCUCGUAUCAUGAAUCCAUUGCGACGCAUUGUCACCGGCCACGCACCCGAUGGACGCUCUGUCAUUCUUGUCGACGACAACCCACGCGCCGUAUUUUUGCCAGGCAGCGACACUCCUUUUCAAACGGUUUUUCACACGGAGGAUGUCCCAGUUAGUAUCGAGGAACCUGUCGACGUGGGAAAGUCGGACUUGCUCCCGACGUUUGCCAGUGCGGGGGGACUCGUGUUCAGGUCUGUGGACCUCAGCCCGGCAUCGGAAAGCCCGGAACACCGGACCGAUACUCUGGAUCUCGGUGUGGUGGUGCACGGUCAAGUGGAGCUGCACGUAGAGGCUUCUGAGCCAGUCUUGCUCAAGACGGGAGACACUUACGUGCAGCGCGCCACAAUGCACAAGUGGGCCAAUCCCUCCCAAGACCAGUGGGCCCGAAUCGUCUAUCUGACCGUCCAGGCGCAAACGCCCGUUAUAGCAGGAGGAAAAGCUCUCGAAGACCACAUGCAGUCGCACUUCCACCUGAGUCCUGCAGAGUAGCUGAAGGUGGCCUGAAGACUUGUCUUUUCCAUAAUCUAGCAAUCCGCUCACUAAUGGCAGAAUGCGCG